CCAAGCGAUCGUGGAUUUGUAAUCAUGAAGUAAAGGAGAUUACUGUUUAAAUGACGGGUUGGUUUAGUUCCUAGCGAUAAACUAAGCUGCUAAAUUAAAAAAAAACAUCUAUUGGCGUCGUAAGUAGUGAGUUGUGUUUGUCAGGAGUUUUUAAAAAUCAGUUGCUACCAGCUGUUUUAGCAGCUCCUCGCGUAUCAGCAUGUUGGACGUGGCUGCGGAGCAGAUGAUGGUGCACAAAGAUUUCCAGGCAGCCUUCGACACAUGCGACCGAGGUCUGCAGAGCCUCGGCAGCACGGAGCAAGAGGACAACAAGAGGUCCGGAGAGUUUAAAGCUGGUUUCUGCAUCCUGGGGAUCCAAGCCCUGGCUGAGCUGAACCAGUGGCACGGUGUCCUCCCCUGGCUCCUCCGGCAGUACGAGCAACAGGAGAGAAUACCAGCCAAAAUAAUGCAGAUGUGCAUACUUCUUUACUCCAAAGUGGGCGAACCCGCUGUGAUGCAGGAGGCAGCCAGGGUCUGGUUGCACUGCCCGUCCAACGGCAGAGCGCCGGGGUUCGGGACGGUGGCGGAGCUGUACCUUCUGCAUGUCCUCGUGCCUCUGGGACACACGGAGGAGGCUCGGGAGUUGAUCGACGGCGAGGUUGGAAACCAGGCGUUCUCGGAAGACCAGAGACAGACGGCGCUGGAUGUCGUAGAUGAAAAGGAGCGACCGAAUCGAGAACCGCCUCCAAGUCCCGGUUGCGGACCGAACUCUGAGAAUACUGCACAUACUGUCUCGACUAAAGGCGCUGUAAUCCGUAAAAUUGAAGUCAUGCUCAGAUUUUUAUACAGAAAACUGUUUGUGAGCAGCUCCGGCUCCUUCUCUCUCCGGAAAAUCUUUCUGGCAGCCGUGCUCCUCUACAUGCUCUUUCUCCGAAUGGAUCCAGCUCAUCCGUCAUCAUUCCUGUGGAUUUCCAAACUUCUCCAACUGCUCAAACAGAUGUGGAGUGCCAUGUUUGCACCGUACUAUCGUGCGCUCACUCAGAGCAAAGGACUGUGAAAGACUGAAAAACACUUUUUUUUUUUGUGCAUAGCUUUGAUAAGAGGAAAUGGCUUAGUUCCUUUUCCGAGUUUUUUGUCAUCAAAAUUCAAAAAAUGCUCCAUAAACUAUAUGCCUGUUAUUUCAUCUUAACAGUGCACAGUACUAAUAUUUCCCCUUAAAUUCCCCCCCGGUCCUCUCUAAUACUUCUGAGGUUGCUCUUUUCAUAAGAAGACAACACCCUCUUCAUCAUGACAAUAACUUUAUUCAUCCAGGAAAAUGACUCAUGGAGAUUUUACAGGAUUGUCCUGGCUAAGUGUCUCGGCUGCUGCGCCUACAUCAGUGGAAGGAUACAGGAUCAUCAAAACACAGUGAUUAGAAGGUUAAUUUAAGAAGUAUUAGAUAUCAAUAUAUCAGUUCGAGGAGUAUGUGCAAAAAAUAUCAGAGAAUUCCACUUUAGUUCUGUGUUUUAUGGCUGAUAAGAGUCAGACUUUGAACAAACAAUUGGAAAAGGUUACACAAGAAAAUGGGAAAAAAGGCUAUGAGCUUUUCGUUAAGCUGUGUGACACAACAUAUGGAAAUCUACAAGUGUAUAAGCUCAA